AUGCCUAUAUUUAAAUUGAAAAAUUAAAGAAUCCAGUUCACUUAAUAAAAUGAAAAUAUUAAACCAAGUUAAGGAGGAGAAUAAAAUGAUAUCAGUUAAGAUAAGGAUACUACUUAGAAAAAGAAAGAUGAUUUGAUACAGAAUUGUUCAUAAGAGAUUCUUAAUUAAGAUUUUGAUACGAACUUAACAACCGAAUAGCAAUUUGUUAUAUAACUUUUGUUUUAGAAUCCUUAAAGAGAAUUUUAUAAUGAAAAAAAAAAAGAUUUAGCGUUGCAAUUUAUACUUCAAAAGAGCGAUGAUAUUGAAAUAUACAUAAAUGAAUUAAUAAGUUAAGAAUAAAAUCUAUCAUAUGGAGAAAUUGUGUUAUUUUUAGAAUUGUUGAAUCCAAAGUUCAAAUAAUUGAUAAGAAAUAUCAUCAAACUCUAUAAGAUAAAUUAAUCUUUCAAGCUUUUUAGGGCAUUGAUGUGCUUAAACGAUUAUUUUAUAGAAAAUUAUAACUUAGAAGGAAAGCAAUAAGAAUUCUCAUUUGAGCAAUCAUACUCAUUUUCAAAAGAAUUAAUCAAUGAGUUGUUGCUUUUAAAUGAAGAAGAAUUAUUAUCUUUGAAAAUUCUUUUUGGAAGGAAUAAAUUUCAAAUGCUUUUCGUGGCAACAACUAAAACCUAAAACAAUUAUAUGAAUAUUCUGUAAAAAUUAGUCCCAAUGUGCCCUGGAAAAUAUAAUGUUAAGAUUCAAACAUUCAGAGCUCUAUUUUUUUGUCUAAGACCUUGGCUAUUGAAUUACUUACUCUCAUUAAAUAUAAAAUAAUAUAUUACACCUAGUGUUUUUAAAAGAACAUUAAUAAUUAUUUUUACAAUUAUGGUUAAAAAGGAUGAAUAGAUAUCAAAAUUUAUACUAUCCAACUUAAAUCAUAUUUUUGAUCAGCCUUGCUAUGAUUUCGAUUAGAUUUGGAAGGCUAAAAAAAGAUAAAUUAUCGAUAAAUUUAAUUUCAAGUUAAACCUAAUAAAUUUUUUUAUCUCUAAUGAUCUUUACGAAAAUUUGUAGGAGGAAUGCCGUUCAUUAUUUUAGGAGGAUCCUUAGUUUUAUAAGGAAGAGGUGGGAAAAGUAAAUUACUUUGAGUGUAUCCAAUUAAAUUCUGUUUACUUGCUUCAGAAAAAUAUAUUUGAUUAAUGUCCUUUAGAUGGUGGCUUUACUCUUGAGGAUUUUAAUAUCUCAUUAACUGUUAUAACAUCACAAUAAGAAGGGAGAAUAGUUCAGGAUUGGAUGGAUAAUCUAAAGGAUACAGUAAAAUUUAAAGCAUUAAUCCCUUUCUUUUUUAACAUUAUUAAGAGGGGGGAAUCCCCAAAAAAGUUGUUGUCAAUAAUAACUACACACAGAAGUCAAAAUAAAGAAACUUUAAAGAUUAUUAGAAAUAUGAAGGCCUUGUUUUAAUUGUUUUAUAACAAUUCUAAUGAAGAAUUAAAAGUGAUGUUGCUGAAACUCUACUCAAAUAUGUAUCCUAUUCCUUUAAUUUUUCAAAAUCCAUACUUGUAAACUGCUUAAGAGGAAAUCGAUUUAUUCAAAUUUAAUGAUAAGCUCUAUUAUGUAUUUAAAAAAUCCUUCACUAUCAUCAAUUUUUCAUUAAGUGAGAAAUAAGCUUAAAUAGGAAAGACAGAAUUGAUUAAUUAAUUAUUUUAUCAAUAAGAAAAAUUUGAGACUUAGGAUAUCUGCUAAUUAAAUAAUAAUACUAUCGAUAUUAUGUUUGAUACAUAAUUUAACGGGUCAAGAAACUUUAGCGUAGCUGAUGCUCAUGGCUUAAUACCUAUUGAGAUUUUAGUUAAAAUUUUGCCAUUGUUUCGAAUGUGGAUUAUAUAAUUUGAUUCUGAAUCUGAACUCAUUGAAAAUUAUAACUAGUUAAAUUUAAUCAAGAAUAAUUUAGAUUUAUAAAAUCAUAAGGUAUGUUUUAUAAUAAGAAAUUACAAAGGAGAAUUAGAAGAGAAUACAAUUAAUAAUGAAUAUACAGCAAUUUUAGAGCAAAUUAAAAAGAAGGAAUAAAACUUCAUAAAAUAAUUGAUCUAGCUUAGAGAGGUUUGGAUAAAUAUUAAGAAGAGUUAGAAUUAUAGCUCGCCUAAACUUUUCUUUUUCUAGAGAUUGAUGAUGAUGAAUAAUCAUUAUUUCAUUAUAAAAGAUUUUGAUACAAAAGAAAAACAAAUAUCUCACUAAUAUUUCAUCGAUAGAGAUAUAAUAAUGGACUUGGAAAAUGAGCUAAGCCGAUUGAUUUUGAAGCCUUUUGGAUUUUAUGAUUAGGAAGCGUUCCCUAUAAGAUAAAUAGAAUACCAACUAAAACAUUUAAGAGAAAGAUAAAGCAAAAUUAUGCAAUAAGAAAAUGCAUUAAAUAAAACUGAAUCCUAUAUCAAAAUAAAUUAAAAGGGGGUUGAUAAUAAUUAAAAUAGCAUAGAAAUUGAAAAAAUAAAAUAAUAACUAAUCAAUUUAGAGGAUUCUAUAAAAAACUCUUAAUUAUCAAAACUUUUAAUGAUUUUUUGCAAAAUUUUUGACUAAAAUUCAAACUAUAUACUUUAUUUAUAAUUUACAGAUUAAAUAAGAAAAUUUAAUGAAAGAAAUACAUACGAAUUGUAGGAAAAAAAUUAACAGAGAUCAAAUUAAGCUAAAAAAAAAAUGAAAGUAAUUAAGAAGCUGAAUCUGUUAUAAAUUACGAUGGAAUACCUUAAGCAGGAGCUUAAAAAAAAUUUAGAAGAUAUUGCAUACAGGAAUAUUGGGAUAGAAAUGUUUUGGAGGGAACUGAUUGCAAUAAAUCAAAGAAGUUUGAAUAACACAUGGAUUGAUCCAGCAGAAAAAGCUUAUGAAAUGAUUAAAAAAGGGGAACCUUUUGAACUUUUAGAUGGGGAUUCGCUUAAAAUAAAUGAAAAAUUUUUGGAAUAACUUAAAAAUAGAUUCACAAAUGUAGGAAAAGAAAAGGUUUUAGUAUUAAGUGUUUUAGGACCUUAAAGUUCAGGAAAAUCUACUAUUUUAAAUAAGAUAUUUGGGUGCCAUUUUUGGACAAGUGUUGGCAGAUGUACAAAGGGCAUUAAUUUGAAUUUGCUAAAAAUUCAAUUUAAGGAAUAAUUUAAUUAUUUAUUUGAUUAUAUACUGAUACUUGAUUCGGAAGGAUUACAAAAUCCAAAUUAGGUAGAUCCAGAAUUUGAUAAAAAAAUUGCUCUUUUUGUUUUAGCUAUGAGCGAUAUAAUUUUGAUAAAUGUCAAAGGUGAUAUACAUCAACAAUUUAAAAAUUUAGUUGAAAUGUGUAUUUUUACUUUGGUGUCUAUGAAAUCCAAUCUAUCCUCUAUAAAACUAUUAAGUUGGUGUUUUAAUUAAAAUAACGAUGCCAACAACUAUGCUCCAUUUUUAAACUAAAUACAGGGAAUCGCCAAUAAUUUAAAUUUAGAGUGCCAUAAUGAAUAAGAUGUAAAAAAUUAAGCAAUUGAUUAUAAUGAGUUUUUGAACAUUUCAAAGGACAAUAUUUAAAUAUUAGGAUUUGCGUGUAUUGAGAAACUAUGGAGAAAAAAUUUAAGUUUAGGUCUAACUAAAGAUUGGAGAUAAUUAAUAAUUAAUGAAACCUAUUCAGAGGAAGCUUAUCUUUAUGGGAUAAGAAUGAUUAGAGAUUUUAUUAAAAAGUUUGAAUACCAAACAGACACACCUCAAAUGUAAAGUCUAAGCUUAUUCAUAUAAAAUAUAAAUACUAAUUGGUAAACUAUAUGUAAUUUACCUGAUUUAUUGGAAUUUGCAGAAUUAAUUUAAUACAAGCAGGAUUAAUUAAUGAAAAGUAAAUUUGAACAAAUUUACAAUUAAGAAAGUUUUAGUUUUAAAAAUGAAAUUAGAAUUGAAAUUCAUGAUAGAGUGAGAAGUAGUAAUGUGAAAAAUUUGGCUUUGUUUUAUUAAAUUUAUGAUGAGAAAAAUGAAGACCUUAGAAUAAGGUUUCACCAGAUUGAAUAAGAUAUAUAAUAGUAACUAACAUUAUUUAAAUAUGAUAAAUAAAUUUAGAAAAAAAUUUACCUUAAAUACAUAAAGCAAUUAAACCAGCGUAUUAAUAGCUCAUUAAAAGAUUCAGAAGUUAUGGUAUUUGAAGAGAUAAAAAAUAUCGAAAGGGAGUAUUAAAAUAUAAAAGGAUUCAAGUUGCUUGAUGAUUUUAUUCUUGAAAUUAGCAAAGAUCCAGCAUAACUUACUAAACUAAAAGAAAAUGAUGAUUAAAUUGUUAUUGAAUUUAAUAAAUUAUGGGGAGAAAUAACAAGUGAAUCGGAAUAACAACAAAAUGAAAUAUUAAAAGAGUAUUCUACCAAAUAAUAUCAAUGUAUUUCCUCUUCAUUUAAUGAGUACAGAUUAACUACAGAUAAUGAGAAAAAUUAUAUUUCCUUGUUUCUUGAGAAAAUUAAUAAUCAUUCUCCAUUUCAAAAAGAUUUAGAUGAAAGAAUUUAAAUUUAUGAAAUAUUUGAAAACGAGUUACACAAUUAAGUUUAAUUUCGACCAAUUGUUAAUUCAUAAGAAACAAUGAGAUAUUCAGAGAUUUUUAAUUAAAAUUUAAAAGUUCGAAUGAAUAAACCUAAGACUAAAUAUGAUGUAAUGGAUAUAAAAAACUUCUAUCUAUUUCAAAUGACAAUAUAUUAUGUAUAAUAAGCAAAUUUAAAUGAUUACAUAUAUAAGGAAAAAAAAAAAGAUGAAAAACGCAAUAAAGAGAAAUGCACAGGCAAAGAAAAAGAAGGAUUAAUUGGAGAUUUAAUUAAAAUAUUGGAAUAAACCCAAAGUUCUUAAUAAUUAAUAAGGGUCAGGUAAUGUUAAGAUUCAUAUUAGAAUGCAGCACAAUAAAAUAAUCAAAAUAUCAGUUACAAUCUCAGGAAAACUGCACCAAUUUUUAAUCAAUUUGAUUAAGAUUAAGAUUAGAAUGCCGUAAAUUAAGGUUCAUAUUAAAAUACUUCGCAUUAAGGUGAAUAUUAAAAGCUCAAUUCUCAGAUUUCAAAAUUAAUACUGUUAUUGGAUUUUUUUAAUAUUGAAUAUGAUUAAGAACUGAAGAAAAAGUUAGUUGAAACAAUUCAAGAUCCAUCAAAGAUAAAAAAUUUUUUUCGUUGUACCAAUUAUAAUGACAAUGUAAUAAAAGCGUUUAAAAAAUUUUUAAAGUCAUGUAAAUAGGUCAAAAAUUAACAAUAACCCUCAUUGGAUUAUACAAAAGAUACAUAUUUAAAAAAUAUAAAAGAUUUCAAUAAAGGCUUGACAUUAGAUAGCAAAUAAGUAUCUUUUUCUACAGAAAAGGAAGUUUAAGAAUAUAUCCAAAAUUUUGAACAUAUAAUAAUAUUCAGAGAAUUAAAAAUAACUCCUUUUUCAAAAAGAUAUUAAUAAUUAGAAUCCAGCUUAAAAUAUAUAUAGACGAAGGCAACUAGCUGUCAAGAUAACUUUAGAGUUAAUUUUAUAAAAUCGUUUUCAACAGAAAUGUUUGAAGAAAAUUAAAUAUAAUUGUAGAAAGAUAAUUGUUACAAAAAUGGAUUUUCAAAAUUUGAGAAAAUAAAUAGUUGGUAAAUGAUGUAUUUUUCAAUUUAUGAUGUAAUUAAAUCAGAAAUGACAAAGUCUCAUCAAAAAACUAAUAAACAAGACAAUUCUGAUAGUGAAGAGAUUUCACAACAAAACACAAGUUUGAUAAAAAUAAUUAUGUCUAAAAUUGAGUAGGAAAUCAUCAAUUAUAAUAAAUCUUUUGCUAAUUUUGGCAUAAUAUUAAUUGGAAUGGGAGAGAGAUGUAUAUAUUAUUAUUCCAUGUUAAUAAUUUGGCGAUUUACAUGCUUUAAAAAAGGAAAAGGUCUUUAAGAAAGUACACAAAAAUUUAAGAAUCUUAAAUAAAAUUAACUGUAAAAAUUUAUUGCUGACAUAAAAUAAAAUAAGACUGAAUAAAGUAAAUUAAAAGCAAAAUCUUUUAUUUGCAAUUUAUAUCAAAGUCAUAUUUAACGGUUUUAUAUGGAGAAUUAAGCCAAUUUUUGUACGGAUAUCAAGAAUAAAAAUUAAAUGACAAGUACAUAAUUAAUAAAACUGUUAGAUAAAACUAUUUUAGAGGAUUAUCAAGAAGACAUUAAUUUAAAAAAAUAUACUGAUCAAUAAAUAGUCGAAUAUAUAACAGAUUAAACUAAAUUUAUUGAAAAUUAUGUUAAAAAUAAGGUUGACCAAAUAGAAGCUGAAAUUAAAGAUUAAUAUGAAAAUAAUUUAAGAACAUUUUUAUUAAAAAUUUUAGGGAAUGUUAAUUCUAAUGUACAAAUUUUAAGACAACAUACUGAAUUUUAAAACGCUCCUGUAAAAGCAAAAGAGUAUUUUGUUCAAAAUGAGAAUGAUAGCAACAAUGAUGAAUUUUAUGAAAGUAAACUUUUUGAAUUGAUAAUCUAAUGCCUUCUAGGUGUAUCAUAAAAUAAGAGUAAAUUUCAGGUUUCGAAAGAGUAUGAAGAAAUCUUUGACAUUAAGACAUAUCAAAAGUUAGAAUUCAAUAUUUUUGAUUAAUCAUAGUUUUAAGAAUCAGAAUAAUAAAUUUAACUUUUACAGCCUUUCGUUUUAGAAUUGUCAAAUUAGUUAGAUAUUCAUAUUUUAAAAGCGAAGAAAGAAACUCUAUCUUUAGGAAAAUUUAAUGGUGAUAAAGAGCUAUAAACUAUCAAAUUAAAUAUGAUUGGUUGCCGUCACACUUGUCCAAUGUGCAAACGGAAAUGUGAUUAAUCUUAUUCAAAUGACCAUAAACAUAAAUGUUCGAAUGGUCAUUAAUUAAGAGGAAUGAAUGGAGUUUUAAUUGAUGAUACCCCUUCUUUAUUCACUUGUGAUGAGAUUGAUGAUGAAUGUCUAAUUAUUACAUUAGGAACAGAAGAAACAAAAAAAUGGAAAGAUAUAAGAAAAAUAUAUGAUGACUGGAUAUUUAAAGGAUUGGAUGAAAUCGAGUAAUAAACUAUCAAAGAAAAAAUGAUGAAAGUAUGGAAUUAAGGAACUGGAAAAAUGGUAUGUGAGUAGUUAAAAAUAAAGUUAAAAAGGCAGGACAUCAAAUUUUUGUAAAAAAGGUAAUUCAAAGAAGUAAUUAAUUCACCAAAAAUUCAUUAUAUUUUUAUGAUUGAUGAUUCAGGGUCAAUGAGUGGAAGUCCUUGGAACACUGCGAAAAAUUGUUGUUUAAAUUGCCUCUCAACAAUAGAGAAAAAUUUAAAUGCUAGAGUGAGUGUUAUUAUUUUUAAUUCAACUGCUAGAAUUGCUAUUAAUUGUGAAAUUGUCAAUUUGGUUGAAAUGGAGAAAAAAAUACAAUUUAAUAGUGGGAGCACUGAUUUUGGUUCAGCAUUUUAAUAAGCAUACAAAUUAAUUGUUCAGCACUAAAAUGAUGCAUUUUAAAAAACUGAAGUUUUAUUUUACACUGAUGGUGGAGCAGCCUAUCCAAAGGAAUAAGUCAAAUUAUUUACAGAAAUUCCAGACCAUUAAAAAGCUAGAAUAUUCAUCCAUUGCUGUACUGAAGAAGCAAAUGCCACAUCAUUAUAAAUGAUUGUAAAUGAAAUGAAUAGAAGCCUAAUAAAAUCCGAGUUAAAGCAAAAGUUUUAAGUAGCUGAACUUUAAAAGACUUGGGCUGAAGUAGUGAGUAGAGAAUACCAUAACCUAAAGGGAUGA